AUGGCCGACCAUGAACCGCUUCAGGAGAUCGAAUACGAGGGUCUUCAAGGCGGAAGUCUGGCUUCGAACCUCGUCGCCGGCGCCUUUGCUGGAAUAAUGGAACAUGUUGUUAUGUAUCCUGUGGAUGCCAUAAAGACCCGAAUGCAGAUCGUCAACCCCACACCAGCAGCGAUGUAUUCAGGUAUCACAAACGCUGUUGCUCAAAUAUCAUCUACAGAAGGCGUCCGUUCACUAUGGAGAGGGAUUGCGAGCGUUGCGUUGGGUGCUGGUCCUGCUCAUGCAGUUUAUUUCGGAACAUACGAGGCAGUUAAGCAAAAGCUUGGCGGUAAUGAUGGAUCGGAACACCAUCCAUUCGCAGUUGCCACUGCCGGAGCUUGUGCCACAAUUGCCAGUGAUGCUUUGAUGAAUCCCUUUGAUGUCAUCAAGCAGCGCAUGCAGGUUCACGGAUCAACAUACGAGUCAAUCACCGAAUGCGCUCGUACUGUAUAUCGCAAUGAAGGGUUUCGAGCGUUUUACAUCUCAUAUCCGACAACUCUUGCAAUGACCAUCCCAUUCACUGCAAUUCAAUUCACGGUAUACGAAAGCUUAUCUAAGGUGUUGAAUCCCGUUAAAAGAUAUGAUCCCUUUUCGCACUGUGUGGCUGGUGGAAUGGCAGGCGCCGUAGCUGCAGCGAUGACCACUCCUUUGGAUGUUAUCAAGACCUUAUUGCAGACCAGGGGAACUUCGACCGAUAUGCGGAUACGUGAUGGUCUUGUCAACGCCGCAAAGAUUAUUUACGAAAGGGAGGGGAUGAAGGGAUUUGCCAGAGGAUUAAGGCCUCGCAUUGUCACCACUAUGCCUAGCACAGCCAUUUGUUGGACAUCGUAUGAAAUGGCCAAAUACUAUCUUCUCCGCAACAAUUAA